AUGGAUAUAAACAAACUAUCUCUUAAGAAAAGAUAUAUGGUAUUUACUUUAUUUUGUGUUUACAUAAUAUCUUGCGUUGGUAUAUUUUUUAAUUGGAUUUCUCUAUCGGAUUUUUUUUUUCAUGGGAACGUAUAUAUAAAUCAUUGUGAUAAUAUAUAUGAACCCUCAGCAUAUGAACAUAAAAGAACAUAUAAAUGUAAAGAACAAGAUAAGAAAGUUCAAGCACUUUAUCCUAUAAUAUUAUGUUCUAAUUUUAUUAUGUCUGCUAUAUCAGGUACUUUUUUUGAUUAUUUCGGCCCUAAAAUAACAGCUUUAUUUGGUCAUGUGUGUAAUAUAAUAUCAUGGAUUCUUAUAGGAUUACAAAAGGAAAAUAGUAAUAUAAUAAUUUUUGGUGCAAUCUUUUUAGGGUUAUCUAGUGAUUGUUCAUUUAUUCCGUUGUUAAGUCUAAUUUAUUUAUUUCCAAGAAAUCAUACUAUAUAUACUGUAAUUUUAGGAUGCUGUGCUUCCUUAAGUUUUAGUAUACCUAUAUUCUUAGAUUUAUUUUCAAAAAAUUGGGAUGAAAAAUCUUUCCAAUUAGUAUGCUUCUUAUAUUGUUUUAUAAUUUUAGUUCCUUUUUUUUUCAUUCUUAUUAUAUUUUUACCAUGGAAGCAUAUAAACUAUCAUACGUCCAAAGAAAAAGAAGAAUCUCUUAAUAACACCCUGGAUCAAUUAAAAGGUUAUGUCAUAUCCAACAAAUCUAUAAAUUUAAGUUUUAAUUUUCCCACUGUUUUCAAUGAGCAACCUGUGAAUGAAAAUCAAUAUGAAAAUCAAUAUGAAGAUCAAUAUGAAGAUAAAUAUGAAGAUAAAUAUGAAGAUAAAUAUGAAGAUAAAUAUCAAGAUCAAGAUCAAAACCAAAAUCAAUAUCAAGAUCAAUAUCAAGAUCAAUAUCAAGAUCAAAACCAAAAUCAAUAUCAAGAUCAAUAUCAAGAUCAAUAUCAAGAUCAAUAUCAAGAUCAAUAUCAAGAUCAAUAUCAAAAUCAAGAUGAUGAAGGAGGGAGUUCAUUUGGAAAAUGGAUGUAUCAAGAAAGUGAAAAAAGUAAAACAAGAAAUCAUACUGGACAUAUGUUCAAAGAAAAUCACGUUCCUAUAAUUAAUAAACAUAAUAUAAAUGAUCUAUCAUUUGAUAUAUAUAAUGAUUAUGUAAAAUCUAAUCAUACCAUAAAUUUUAUAAACCACAAAAAUACAAAAUCUAAUAUAUAUUCAUUGGAAGAUAUGGGAAAUAAUUCAAACAUGCCGGAUGUAUAUAAAAGGAGCCCUUUAAAUACAUCAGGAAAAAAUAUAAGCCAAAUUAUAUAUACUAAUAGCUCAAUGAAUUCAUCUAAUUUGGUUUUGAGAAAAAGUAACGAUAAGUUGAAUGAUCAUAUAAAACAAGAUGGAAAUUAUUUAACAAAAGAUUUCUCAAAUAAUAAUAAAAUAAAUCAUUAUAUAAGUGAUGAGAAAUAUUAUAAAAAUAUAUAUUAUUUAAAUCAUAAAAAUGGAAAUACUCAAAAUAAUCAAAAUAAUGAAUAUAAUGAAUAUAGUAUAAAAUGUAAUUCAAGAAAUGAUAUCAAAAUGGGAAUGGAGAUUGGAAUGCAGAUGGGAAAGGAGACGGUGAUGGAAAUGGAGAUCGAGAUGAAAAAAAAAAAAUAUAUAUAUUCCUUUAUCCAUAUAUCAGCAUUAUGGAAAGAAAUAAAGAUCAUAUUUUUUUCUUUAAAAUAUUUAAGUAUAUGUUAUUAUUUUACAAUAUAUAAUUUAUCAUUAGUUAAUUAUAAUGAAUGUGCUAAAUUGUUUUUUAAAAAUUAUGAGGAUAUACAAAGUAUGUUGAAAAUAUUUGGACCUUUAUCGGUUAUACCGUGUGCAUUAUUUGGUAUAUUAAUUCAAAAAAUUCAUAUACUUCUAUUAAUAUUUAUUUUAUUAAUUAGUAGUAUAUUUAUGUAUGUAUUUGCACUUAUUAAAUAUAAACUUUUUUCAUAUUUCAGUGCAUUUUCGUAUCUAAUCGUAACAGGAUGUUAUACUACACAAUUAUAUUGUUACAUCCAAGUUAUGUUCCCUAUUAACCACUUUGGAAAAAUAGCUGGAACUACUAGUAUGAUAAGUGGUCUCUUAUCUUUAUUAAAUAUACCUAUCUACAAUUAUUAUAUUGUAGAUUAUAAUAACAAUGAUCCUACACCCUUUGCAUAUUUUGUAAUAGGACUCUUACUAUCAACUUUUCCUCUUCUCUAUAUUAUAUACAAAAGAUGUCAAACUAAAAAGUAA